AUGGAUCCCGCGCCGUUGGGUGCAGUGGAUGGGCCAAGUGAUGAUGAGUGCAGUGCUGCGGAUUUGGAUGCUGUGCUGCGCACCCCGCAGCCAAGUGAUGAUGAGAGCAGUGCUGCGGAUUUGGAUGCUGUGCUGAGCGUCCCGCGGCGUCUUCGGGUUAGGAGGGCAUCAAGUGGAAACCUGGAUGACCCAACAGUCUUGAGGGCGACACUAGGAAAGCCUUGCGGUUGCAAAAUCCGUGGUGGUUGUGUCACGCAAUUCCAGCGCCAUUCGGACUUUGAGGAGUUGAGGCGCUUUCGGGAAGAACUGAAGUCUUUGCACAAGCUUGACCAAGAUCGGGUUGUACAUGACCAACUUCGACAGCAACUGAGUUCAGACGAAUCUGCAUGGACCUUUCUCGGAAAACCUGUUUGUCUCAAAGCCUGGGAAAACCUUCUGUCUGAUGCUGGUCUGGUGCAUGUGAGGCUCUGGGAGGUUCAACAGAUUGAAAGCAUCUGCAGUACAGGCAUGGACCACACUGCCUCCGUGGUCUCUUACCUCAUGGAGAUUUACCACAGUGUGGCGGAGACAUUGCCGGAUUUUCGUGAUGAGACGUUAGAUGUGGAGACAUCUUUGGUUGCAGGGGACGGUGAGGAUAAAGAUUUUUACUCAGACCUUCUGGCAGCUCAGCAGGCACUUGGCCCGGGCCCGGAAAAUCCAAAGUCUUCAUCAUCCAGCAAGCCAAAGAAUCCAAAGCAUCGCAAAAUGCGAAAGUCCAUCAAAGUCAACUUGGCGAGGAAACCUGAGACCGGUGGCCUCUAUGAGGACAAAUGGCUGCCACCUGGGCAAAUGAAGGACCACUGGGAGUUGUACCGUCGAUGCCAACGUGGACAUGAAUGCGUAUGGCUGCGGGAAUUUCCCUUUCUAAAAGUGCGUGGUUUGCGCCAGCACCCAGAGUGCUCCACGUGCGUGAAGCACAAGUGUUUGCUGAGAAGCUUGUCAGGACACAUCUACGCCCGUCAGAAGCAGCAGCAAGCCUAUCACAAUCACUUGCACUCUCAGUAUCGAGAUCGGCUUCAGUACUGGGGGCACCGUGGAAUGUCACGGUCGAGGGGAACUGAAUUGGUGAUCAUAUGCGACGGGAUGGACCAAUCCAAAUUCUGUUUUCCGAGGCACAAGAUUAUGAAAUCAAAGGAUUUUGCCAGCUUUCAACGACCUCGUUGCCAUGUUGUCGGCAUGAUCCUUCACGGCCGCGCGAUCCUCUUCGCGAUCAGUGACGCCGAUUUACCCAAAGAUGCGAGCACCCAUUGCGAGCUACUUGCUCAUGCUUUGACAUGGAUCAGUUCAAUGGAGGAUCUGGCAAAUCUGAGUGUCACUCUGCAGUGUGACAACACGCCGAGGGAAUGCAAAAAUAACGUCAUGUUAGCAUUCCUUGCAAGCUUGGUCGCCAAAGGCAUCAUCCGUGAGAGUGGCCUGUCCUCAUUGAGGUCAGGCCACUCUCACGAGGAUAUUGACCAAGUUUUCGGGCGGCUCUCCAGCUUCAUGGUUCGACAUGGCCAUGGAAGUCAAACGACCGAAGAUUUCCGUGCUUUGAUUGAGCGUUUCUUGAAGGAGGCAGAGUUCCCAUUCGAGCCACCUGCCAGAAGACGUUGCAUCAAAUUGGACCAGACCAGGGAUUGGCCCCUUACCACCGCCACUUUAGCACUUUUGUCUUCACGUCCUAGUUACUAG